AACCAAUGGAACAAACUCACAGGUGGCCAGUGCUGAAGACGUUUUUCCGUUAUAAUGUUAUAUUGACUUUUUGUUAAUUUUAGGAAGUCAAGGAAAAAAUAGAAGUGGAAAGCUGCAGGUGCAUUUUUCUAGUCAAUCACAUAUUUCAGCAUUGGAAGAUACUUGAAUUUCAAAGCACGAAAAAAUAAUGUUGAUAUGAUGCUAGAUAAAAGUUUACAACAGAGAGAGCAAGAAAAAAUUCAAGUUUCGAUAUUCAACCAAAAUGCAGUUCAAAUUUUAAUUAAUCAAGUGAGUAGUCUAUUGAAUAUCUACACUGAAAAAAAAAUAGUAUUUCCAGACUGCAUAUAAGUUGUUUCUUUUGCUAACUCUGCGCACUUAUUCUUGUGAAACUCCUCCAGUUCUGUAUAGUUGCAAAUAGAGGAGUGGAAGUUUUAUACUACAAGUUUUGUCUAAUAUCAGACAAGUGCUUCUCCCAUAUUUCGCCGACGUUCUCUUUCAUCUUGCACUGAGUUUUAUAGUGCGACACUAGCGUGAAAGAAGGCUUUUCACAUUCAGACCGCUUGAGGUCUACGCUGACAAGCUUUUUUUGACGUCUUCCUUUUAUUUUCUAGUAUUUAGCCAGGCAAGAUAUAGGUUUUCGUGGACACAUUGAAUCAGAAGGUAAUUUUCAUCAAUUAAUUAAACUGAUAUCAAAACACAAUCCAAUAAUUAAAGAAUGGUUAUCUGACAGAAAAAAUCGCCCAUAUCAAAUGAGACAAAAUAAUUUAGAGAGGAAGUUUUUGUAAUCUUCAAUUGUCGUUGUACUUUUAGGUUACUUACAUGGCAAAGAGAAGUCAAAAUGAAUUUAUUUCACUUAUUGAUGAUAGUGUGUUAAAUAUUGUUUUAAAUGAAGCAAAACAAGCUCCUUACUUUUCCAUCAUAGCAGAUUCUACUCCUGAUUCUAGUCGUCAAGAUUAG